AUGUCCGAGAAAAAAGUUCUAAUAGUCGGUAUGAGUGGGUGUAGUUCGAGCGGGAAGACAACUUUAAGCAAAAUAACGUCUGAAGUAAUUCCCCAAUCGAUAUUAAUACACGAAGAUGAUUUUUUCAAACAUGACGAUCAAAUUCCCAUUGACCCGAAAUAUAAUAUAGCCAAUUGGGACUCCCCAGAUGCAUUAGAUAUACCCCUAUUUAUAAAAGAGUUAGAUCACAUAAAAAAAACAGGUGGAUGUGAAAUAUCAAAUAAGUUAAUACAUAAUAACAACGUUGACGAUUUGCAAAAAUUUAACUUGGAUUCAAAUUUUUUAACUCAAUUGAAAAAAAAAUAUGCAGAUUUACUCAUUAAACAUUCGAAUUUAAAAAUAGUCCUGGUUGAUGGGUUCAUGCUUUUCCACGAUGAUUUAUUACGAUCUAAAUUCGAUAUUAAAUUAUUAUUCAGGGCUAAAUAUAGUACAUUGAAGAAAAGAAGAGGCGCUAGACCUGGAUACCAAACUUUAGACUCUUUUUGGGUAGAUCCUCCAUACUAUUUUGAUGAAUUUGUUUAUAAAUCUUAUUACGACACACACAAGAAGUUAUUCAUUGACGAUGACGUCGAGAACGGAAAAAUUAGGCCUAUUUAUAAUAUUAGUUGCUUUGAUAAUGAUGAUAAUGUCAAUAUUGAAGAAGGUUUAGAAUGGAUCUUUCAAAAAAUUAAAGAAAAUUGUUGA